CUCAAAAUGGAAAAGACAAUAAUCUCCAUUCUCCAACAAUCACGAUAACUCGAUAAACUUGAAUAAAAUAAUCGUAUCUCUCUAACAAUGUCUUUCUUUCUUUCUUUAAAUCUUUCUCCAUACAUAAAUUAACAAGCUAAAGAUAUCUCCUUCUUCUUCUUCACGCAGUUGUGACUUGAGUCAACAACUUUUGCAUCAGAAUAUCCGUCACUAAUAACAUGGAAAAAUCUGAUGAAGAUUUUUAUAACCGUCACCACCACCGUCGUGAUAAUUCCGACAUCGAACUCGUCGCCGGUGAUAGAGUUCCUCAUUCUGGCCCUCUAAGCAAAAGACUGGCAAGAAGAAGUUCCAAGUUGAAUAAUAAUAAUAAUAAUGAAGCUCUUCUUGUUCAUGGAAAUGAUGACGUCAUCACUUCAACUUCUUCUUCUUCUUCUUGUAAGCAACAAGUGGAUCAUGAUGAUGGAGGAGGACAAGACUACGUUGAAGUCACAAUGGACAUUCAUGGCGGUUCCGUUGCGCUUCACAGCGUCAAAGACGUUUCAGGUAACGACCUUAACGAAGACGAGAAGCUUGUUCUUCUCGGUAAAGGAAUGGAGAAGAAGAGAUCCUUUGGUGCUACUGUUGUUAGAACCGCUUCCAUUAAAAUGAAGCAGGUUUCUCAAGAACUCAAACGACUCGCUUCGAUUUCUUCGAAACAAACAGCACCUUCUUCUUCUUCUGAUGCUGCUGCUGCUGCUGCUGCAAGAAGAGGACACUACGAUAGGACUAAGUCCGCGGCUUCGAGUGCUCUCAAGGGACUUAAGUUCAUCGCUAAGGGUGGCGGUGGUGGUGGUGGUGGCGGUGGCGGUGGUGGUGGUGCAGGGUGGCAUGAAGUUGAGAAGCAGUUUGAUGUUCUUACUGCUUCAACUGAUGGAUGGCUUCAUCGGUCUCUCUUUGGAAAAUGCAUAGGGAUGAGCAAGGAAUCGGAGGCAUUUGCUGGUGUGCUUUUUGAUUCUUUGGCUAGGAGGAGAGAUAUUCAUGGGGAUUCAAUUAACAAGGCUCAAUUGAAGGACUUUUGGGACCAGAUUUCUGACCAGAGUUUUGAUUCCAGGCUCAGAACCUUCUUUGACAUGGUUGAUAAAGAUGCAGAUGGAAGAAUCACCGAGGAAGAAAUUAAAGAGAUCAUCGGCCUUAGUGCCACAACAAACAAACUCUCAAACAUACAGCAGCAGGCUGAAGAAUAUGCAGCUUUGAUCAUGGAAGAACUAGACCCUGAAGAGACAGGAUUUAUCAUGCUGGAUAGCCUAGAGAUGCUCUUAUUGCAUGGGCCAAGUCAUUCUACAAGAGGUGAUAGCAAGUACCUAAGCCAAAUGCUAAGCUUGAAACUGAAGCCUACAUAUGAAGACAGUGCUAUUAGGAGGUGCUAUACAAAUACCAAGUACUUCAUACAGGACAACUGGCAAAGAACUUGGGUUAUGGCACUGUGGAUUUGUGUGAUGUUAGGUUUAUUUGCCUACAAAUUCAUACACUAUAGAAGGAGAAAAGAUGUAUAUCAUGUUAUGGGGUAUUGUGUAUGCAUGGCCAAAGGUGCAGCUGAGACACUUAAAUUGAACAUGGCUAUUAUCUUGUUACCAGUUUGCCGGAACACUAUUACUUGGCUGAGGAAUAAGACCAAGCUUGGCAUCAUGGUUCCUUUUGAUGACAACCUUAACUUCCACAAGGUGAUAGCUGUGGCAGUAGCAAUUGGUGUUGGAAUACAUGCAAUUUUUCAUCUUUCUUGCGACUUCCCUCGCCUCCUUCGUGCAAGCCCUCAAAAGUACAAGCCAAUGGUACAGUAUUUUGGACCUCAACCAAAAAGUUAUUGGCAUUUUGUGAAAACAUGGGAAGGAGUCACAGGGAUUAUAAUGGUUGUUCUAAUGGCAAUAGCAUUCACAUUGGCCACACCUUGGUUCAGGAGAAACAGGGUUAAGCUUCCUAAACCACUCAACAGUCUAACUGGCUUCAAUGCAUUUUGGUACUCACAUCAUCUCUUUGUCAUUGUCUAUGCCUCGUUGAUUGUUCAUGGAAUCAAACUUUUCUUGACCAAAGAGUGGUACGAGAAAACGACUUGGAUGUACUUGGCAAUUCCCAUGACCAUUUAUUCAUUGGAAAGACUAACUAGAGCACUAAGAUCUAGUAUCAAACCUGUAAAAAUAUUAAAGGUGGCUGUAUACCCUGGGAAUGUGUUGGCUCUUCAUAUGUCAAAGCCUCAGGGAUUUAGAUAUAAGAGUGGACAAUACAUGUUUGUUAAUUGUGCUGCUGUAUCACCAUUUGAAUGGCAUCCAUUUUCUAUAACAUCAGCCCCUGAAGAUAACUAUCUUAGUGUUCACAUUAGAACAUUAGGGGAUUGGACCAGAAGUCUCAGAACAAAAUUUUCAGAGGUGUGCCAGCCACCCAACAAUGGCAAGAGUGGACUUCUAAGGGCUGAGUGCAUGCCAGGAGAUUGCUGUCCAAGUACCUUCCCUAAGGUCCUAAUUGAUGGUCCAUAUGGAGCCCCAGCACAAGACUACAAACAAUAUGAAGUGGUUCUAUUGGUAGGGUUGGGAAUUGGGGCCACCCCUAUGAUCAGCAUAUUGAAGGACAUAGUGAACAAUUAUAAGGCCAUGGAAGAGGAUGAAUUAGGGUCCACCAUGGAAGAAGGAGGAGUAGCAUCAAGUGAUAACAAAUCACCAAAAAGGAGGGGUAAUUUGGUAAAUUUCAAGACUAGGAGGGCCUACUUCUAUUGGGUGACAAGGGAACAAGGUUCAUUUGAUUGGUUCAAAGGUGUAAUGAAUGAGGUUGCUGAUGCUGAUCGUAGAGGAGUGAUUGAGUUACAUAACUAUUGCACUAGUGUUUAUGAAGAAGGUGAUGCUCGUUCAGCCCUAAUUGAAAUGCUUCAAUCCUUAAACCAUGCUAAGAAUGGUGUUGACAUUGUUUCUGGGACAAGGAUUAAGUCUCACUUUGCCAAACCUAAUUGGCGAAGUGUUUACAAGCGUAUUGCACUAAAUCAUCCACAUGCUCGCAUUGGGGUUUUCUAUUGUGGUCCACCAGCACUAACAAAGGAGCUUCGUCAGCUAGCUUCAGAUUUUUCACACAACACAACAACCAAAUAUGAUUUCCAUAAGGAGAAUUUCUAAUAUACUGAGAAAUUAUUGAA